AUGUCUCAAACCCAGCAAUGGUGCUUCUUCUUUGAUCUUGACAAUACGCUCUACUCCCAAUCUCUCGGCAUCUCCAAGCUCAUGGGAGAGAAAAUCCAAGACUAUUUUACUUCAUCUCUCCCUCUCGAUGCAGAAGAUGCCCGCACACUACAUCAUCGCUACUACAAGGACUACGGGCUUGCUCUUCAGGGUCUCAUCAAACACCACAAAAUCGACCCGCUGCAUUACAAUGCGCAUGUCGACGACGCCUUGCCACUAGAAACAAUCUUGAAGCCAGACCCAGCAUUACGAAAGCUGCUUGAAUCUUUCGACCGACGCAAAGUCAAGCUAUGGAUACUCACAAAUGCUUACAUCUCGCAUGCGAAGAGAGCCUUGACUCUGCUAGGCUUGGAUGAUAUCUUUGAAGGCAUCACUUUUUGUGAUUAUGCAAAAGAGCCAUUGUUGAGCAAGCCGGACAAAGCUUUUUUUGAAAUUGCCAUGAAGGAAGCAGGCGUUACUGAAAAGUCGCAUUGCUUAUUUGUUGACGACUCCCUGACAAAUAUCGAAGGUGCUGUACGGUUUGGCUUCAAAGAAAACAUCCACUUCAAGGAACCUCUCGAACAUCCGACAGGUGCACAGACUGUGCCAUCAGACAUCAAAUACACAACCAUAAAAGCCUUGCAAGAAUUGCCUUCGCUUUAUCCACACCUAUUCUUGCAAAGCACCACUCUCGAAGCAUAA